GAAGGACUUUUAUUUUGGAAUUUCGCUCUGACACUGACACGGCUUCACAUGCGCGAGGAGGCGGGCGCAAAAUUUCCCGGGAUUUUGGGGCCUAGUCAGUAAGUAAGCAAGCAAGCAAGCAACUGACUGUCAUAUGCUGCUGUAGAAGCUGAGAGAGAGAGAGGAUCAUCAUUGACUGACACAGCGAGGCCGGCCGCAGAAUGCCGCCUGUGUCUGAAGUGGACACGGGUCCGGUUGAGGAAAGCUCCGGGGGUCUUGAGCGCUCAGACUGCCUCUGUCCGAUCUGUCUGGACAUAUUCCUGGAGCCGGUCACUCUGCCCUGCACGCACACUUUCUGCAAACCCUGCUUUCUGGAAACCGUGGACAAGUCCAACAUGUGCUGUCCGCUUUGCCGAAAGCGUGUGUCCACUUGGGCACGACUCAACGGCCGGAACAAGACCUUGGUCAACAUUGAGCUGUGGAGACGCAUACAGGACGCUUUCCCCGCCCAGUGCGAGCGGAGAGUGCAGGGAAUCGAUGAUUGUGAUGAUGCUGUGCUGAUUUCAAGACCUCGAGUAUGUCAGCCAGGAGAGCUGAGGAAAGAGUACGAGGACCAGAUCAGCAAGCUCGUGGAGGAGAAGCGAGCUCUGGAGGAAGCCGAGCGGAGAGCCAGUGAGGAGUACAUCCAGCGCCUCCUGGCCGAGGAGGAGGAGCGUAUGGCGGAGGAGAGGAGGAGGCAUGAAGAGCAACAGCUGGAGAACGAUGAGAAACUGGCCAGACUGCUCAGCCAAGAGCUGAAUUCAGGACCGAUCUCUGAAUCACCGUGGCUCAUCAAACCUACUGAUGCGACGCCAGCUAAGAAAACAAAACCAAAGGGGGACAUUGAGAAGUUUUUGCGUCCAGUGCCUCAUAAACCGCCGAGCAGUUCGGACAGCAGCCCAGACUCCUCUCUGAUGGCUAAUAAGGAGAACAUUCUGAGCCCUCCAAAACCCCUCACAGCACCAUCUGUGGAGGACACGGUUAAACAGGCCGUGCCUGUGCCGGACUACAACGGGAAACCCUCCACCUCCAGCUUCAAUCCCAGCUGCCCAGAACACACUUCUGUUUUAAACAGUCCUAACAGCAGCUCUUCGAAAAGGAAGAGCUCAGACGUGGAGCUUCAGAGUGAAGCGGAUCUACACACUAAGAGGCCGUGUUCUUCUCCGUGGUGUGAAUCUCCCUUCUCAGCCGACAGCCCUUUUCUGUCUGAGUUGGCGUGGCACGAGGAGACCUUACGGAGUCGCUGGCACCAGGAAGAGGAGGACCGAAGAAUGGCGAUGCAACUUCAGAGAGACCUGAACCGCCAGAUCGCCGUGGACCGCAGGAAGGGUUCAGCCGACGGCUAUCACCUCCGGCAAAAAAGCACUACAGCUUCCACAAGUACAAACCCAGAUGAGGAGAGCACGAUAAAGAACAUUAGUACGCCGCGGUCGACCGCGAGGAACAGCGCGGGAUGCAGGGACGAGGGGAAAACUGAAAAGAGACUGUCUGGAACAGUGGGAGCGACCCCUGGGAAGAGCCCCGCGUCUUCUCCUUCAACGGCGGUCCUGGCUAGCUUGAAGAAGGGGGCGAAGCAGACCACCCUUACGGAGAUGUUCCCCAACAUGAGCAGCUGAACGACCCUUGCGCUGCUCUGAUCUGCUUUCUCAAACGCCCCACAGACUCGAAGCGGAUGUUAGCAGGUGCCGCGCUGCUACUAGAGGGCGUCGCGCAUCUCGUUCGGGUUCCGCUCAUAUCUCAAGUUGCUAAUACUCCCUCAGUGCCUUUCCAGAGAGGUUCAUACUGUAAAGUCGUGACGGUUUUGGAAUGGCUUUCGUUUUAUAAGCGUUUAUAAAGUCAUGACUAGCUUAGGGAUUGAAAGCGUCUGAGUGCUGCAGAAGAAACUCCUUUUGUAAGCAUUUGCGGGCAUUUUCAAUUUGAUCAAAAUAAAGAAAAGAUUACUUUACGGAA